AUGGCACCACGUCGUAGCAUCAAGUGUGUUUCUAACCAAUGUAAAGCCAUUUUAAACGGCAAGACUCGAUUAACGACACAACAACGUCGUCUAUUAACACCACACAAAAGAGCCCUGCGAACUUUAGCCAACCCUCGAACCUCUGUGCGGUCCAAAAGAAAAUUGUUAAACCAAAAAGGUGGCUUUCUAGCGAUGAAGUUUACACGAAAAAUGAGAUUGGUCCCAGCAGAUGAACCAGAGAAGAUUGUGACGGUUAAACCUUACGGAGCCGUGUACGAUCAAAAUCCAGUUAAAGAAGCUUUAGAAGAAUUAAGUCAAGAAAUGCAACGUUUACUCAAGUCCAAUACUUCAGACGAUAUUAAAAUGGAUCAAUAUGGUCAAAUGUUGCAUCGAUAUCGAAUACUGCAAAAUAAAAGACAUGCACGAACCAUACCCGAGACAACAAACAACAAACAUGACGACAUCGCUUCCGUGGAAAAACCCUGA